AUGACCAACUCGCUGUUUUCUGUGCAAAAAUUCGGUAUUGGUCGUAACGGCGAGGUUUAUCAUAUAACCGGUGAUAUUACCCUUCCCUCUGCCAUCGGAUAUACCCCUACUUCUUCGCCUCACGUCCAUAACCCUUCCAGUACCAUUGCAGGUAGUUCAGCGAUCUCUCAUCCCAUCACUAUGACAUCUCAAGUUGGCCCCGAUGAUUCAGGUAGGAUUUACACUACAGCCGAUUACGAUCCUUCGAAACGCGUGCUCCGUCGUCUGUCCAUCACGGCCUGCCCGACCAACCCGCUUGCUCCUUGUGAUUCUCAAGCUAUGAAGCAAACUGCCAGUAUCAGCCAGGAACUCAAUCGUUCUUUGGUAAACGAUACCAGGUGGAUGUCAGAUAUCGUAAAGAGUACUUCUAAUUCUACAGAAGCACUGCGAGCAAAGGAAAGAAGAGCAUGGGAAACUCUAGGCAACACAAGUACAGGUGUAAUUUUACAUCAAGUCGAUAAUGAGCAGUUCCAGAAGAUUACCGGGUGCAGGAUUCCUCCCUUGAAGGAAGAUUCCGCUGCCGUGGCAGACAGGAUCGUGGGCCACGAAAGUGAUGGUGAUUCAGUCACUCCAUCUUCAGGUGCAUCGGAGGGGGAGACUUCAGAAGAAGAGUUUUCGCAACUACUCAAUGAUAUUUCAUGUCGUCCUAGACAUCUCAAGAGUAAAGCGAGACUCGAUAAAGCUUGUACUAGAUUCGUGGCAGCGAUGGGACACUUGAAUUGUUGGACGAAAGUGGACAUAGGGGAAGAAGGUACUUAUGGUAUGGUUGGAGACCCUUCUUCCCUCUUUGAUUGA